AUGGAUCAAUCUAUGCUACAAGAUUUCAAGUCAAUUACGAAGUACAAUUCUGAGAUGUUCAGAAUUCUCAGAAUUACUUCUAUAUUGACACUAUGUAGAGAGAUGAUUAGUGAUUCUGAUAAGCUGGAAAAAAUGUUCUCCACCUUUCAUGCCUCGAAUGUGCUCCCGCAGCAGCAACAUCGAGAGAAAGGUUUCAUAAAGUAUUGUGAUUUAAUUGCUCAUCUUUUUGUGGCUGAACAAAACGAUGAUUUGCUGAUGAAAAAUCAUGAGAAUCGUCCUACUGGCGCUGCACCAUUCACCGAAGUGAAUGAGGUGUACGCCCACUACUCUAGGCGUGGAAAAGGUCAUGGCCCCAGUCGUGGUCGUGAUAAUGGUUAA